AUGGUGGUGGCUUUAGGUCCCGGAAAGUUUUACGGAAGCGGCCUCCCAAGACCACGGAUCUACACAGACAUCAAGUACAACUCCUACCGAGUCGACCCACCUGUUUCUGUUACAGAUCCUCUAAUGUCGUGGGCAGAAGAAGCUCACUGGUCAAUGGGUGGCUUGAACUUCAAGCGCCAUCGUCUUCAAGGGCGCAUUGAAGGAAACGUCGAGAAGCUUCGGAGCCAGAUCGAGGAGUCAAUCAAGAAGAAGGAGUCCUUAAGCCCUUCGUCGUCGAAGAAAAAACCCAUUUCUAAAUCCUUCGAAAAAUCAGCCAAAAAGAAGCAAAGCGCUGAUUUUGAUCGAAGUCCGUCGCCGCCGCCAGCUCCGUUAGCUAACAAGCGGAAGAGGCGGUUUCUGGGUUUGGUUGAUGAGGAUGAUGAUGAGGGUGAGGAGAACAUGUCAGCUAGGAAGUUUCCGGUGAGGAAGCUUUCUGAUGAGUUUGAUCUCGUUGCGAAUACAAAGAAAAGCCCGGCGAGAAGCUCUAAAGGUGUUGAGCCUGAGAUGCCCACAAUCGCUUCAAGGACUCGUGGUCGGAAAACAGCGACUGAGGAGCCGAUUAAGACACUUUCGAAGGGUAAGAAGAGAUUGAGAAAGGUGGGCGAAGAAAAAAUUGUUGCUUCAUCUUCUUCAAGGAUUUCACCAAGAUCAGUAAAGCGCGUGUAA